AUGGGACUCUCCAAGACCAACAGGAUCUUGAUCCUGCUGGUCAUCGAUACAGCGUUCUUCCUGCUUGAAUUGAUUUCCGGCUAUGCCGUCCACUCGCUUGCCCUCGUCGCCGAUUCGUUUCAUAUGUUGAACGAUGUGCUUUCAUUGUGUGUUGGGUUAUGGGCCGUCAAGGUCGCCAAUAAUGAAACGAGCUCGAAAAUGUACACCUAUGGUUGGCAACGAGCCGAGACUCUCGGUGCGCUAGUCAACGGUGUCUUCCUGGUGGCCUUGUGUCUGUCGAUCUUUUUGGAGGCCAUUCAGCGACUAGUGGAACCCCAAGAAGUGCAAAACCCGAAGCUGGUGUGCAUUGUUGGUUGCUUUGGACUGCUGUCCAACAUCCUGGGCCUGGUGCUUUUCCAUGAACAUUCUCAUGGCCAUGGCCAUAGUCAUGACCACGGAGAGGAAGACCACGAGGAUGUCGAUGCGGCCGAGCGCGGGUACAGCGACCACCAGCAAAGCGAUACCGUUGGUGCUGAUCAGCGUGGAAAUGCGGCGGGCAUCAUGCCUGAAAAUGGAGCCGGUCGCCCAGAGAACGUACAGAACAGUCUGCCCCACCCCGCCACGGAACCCGCGUCUCCCCUCUCCCGAAAGCGCCGGGUGACCGAUUCCCAGUCGCGUGGCUCGAGACGAUACAGCACUUCGACAGGACGUGGAUUCGUCAAUGUGGAAGAUAUUCAUGUGCAUCCAGCAACGCUACGACAGGAUAUCAUUGCGGCCAGCCGCGGCCAGUUCCGGAAUGAGCAGUCGUCGGAUUCUGAAACGGGUCGCGACGAGGAUGAGUACCCUUCUGAGCGGUCCGGUCUUCUGCGUCACCGGGACCGCACUUCCAACUAUACCGAUGAGAACGGCACCCCUUUCAAAGUCCCGGAUCACCCAGGCGAGGACGAUGUCCACAAGUCUCACAACCAUGCUCAACCAAAACCCAAGGGCCAAAAGAAAGGCGGUCAUGAUCUCAACAUGCGGGGUGUUUUCCUUCAUGUUGUGGGCGAUGCACUUGGCAACAUCGGUGUGAUAAUCUCGGCCCUGGUCAUCUGGCUGACCGAUUACGACUGGCGCUUCUAUGUGGACCCUGGAAUUUCUCUUAUCAUAACCUUGAUCAUCCUUGCCUCUGCCAUUCCGCUGUGCAAGGCCGCGUCCCGUAUCCUCUUGCAGGCCGUGCCCCCGGGUAUGAGCAUUGACCACAUCAAGGAAGAUAUUGAGCGCCUGCCCGGUGUGAUUGGCUCGCACCACCUGCAUGUGUGGCAGUUGAGUGACACCAAGAUUGUCGCCUCGAUCCACAUCCAGGUGGACACGGAAAUUAAGGGCGAAGGGUCGGAGCGGUACAUGCUUCUUGCCCGACAAGUGCGACGGUGCCUGCAUGCCUACGGGAUCCAUUCGUCCACCAUCCAACCUGAAUUUGCCCCGGAGAGCGAUGCCGAGGACACCCAGAGCCACGUCCGGCCAUCGUCUUCCCGAGGGGGCACGGACGAGCCCAGCUCGUCCAACAAGCAGCCCAGUCGUGCUGCCAGUGUUCGGGAUGGUGACCCCCAGGCCUGCCUUCUGGAGUGUGAUGAGAACUGUGCUCGAGGAGGCCAAUGCUGCCCCAAAAAGCCCACUUAA